AUGGCAUUGUUGGAACUUCGAAAUUCUAUAAUAAAGAUGUCAAAUGAAUUUUCAUCAGAUCAAUCAUUUGCUCAACAUCUUUUGGAGCAACUAUCAGAGAAUAUCAGUCAGCUGAUAUUGAUGGUUGUGAUGCUGCAAGAGAGAAAUGCAAAUUUACCAGUCGAAGAAGUUGUAGGUGUCAUUAGGAGAAGUUCUGCAGUCGCAAAUGCAUCUGCUUCAGUUGCAGAGAUAUCGGCAGCAUUAGCAAAUGAAGAGUAUCAAGAUUAUCCAGAUAUAAAGAAUGAGAUAUUAGAAGCCUCAACAACUUGGAAUUAA